CAGAGCAUCGCUCGAGUCUCGACUCUCUGUAGAGCCUGAAGAGCCUAGGACGUCAUCUCAGCCAAUCGGGAGAUACGACCUAGUUGGAUCUAGACGUUCCUACUUGUCGCGAAGCCUGUGAUUCAACCUCUCGGUACCUAGUGCGGGCUUGUGCAAGCAAUGCCGAGAAAACACCGGCCUCUCCGUCCUCGAGAACCAAAGGCCUGUACUGCUUGUGCGCGGUUGAAGGUUAGGUGUGAAGUCUCAGCGGGGACAGAGGGCUGUACGCGAUGUCUCCGCUUAAAUCGGGAAUGCAUCAUGCAGGCUCCCGGGGCGCAUAGACGGGUGGAUGCUGUGGGUCGCGACUCGUCUGACGUCGCUAGACUCGAGGAGAGACUCGAGAGCAUCUCUGCUGCGUUUACGGCGCAGACGCCAUUAUCUAUACAAAGCACCCUCGAGGAACGAAGCCGCGACUCGACCUCGAUACUCCCCGACGACCUCCUUUCAACUGCCUUCGGAACCCAAGCCCUCCUAACAACCUUCCAAACCGAACUAUCCCCCUAUUUCCCCUUCAUCGUGCUACCAAUGGGAAUAACAGCAGCAGACCUUCAAGCAUCGAGUCCCUUCCUCUUCGACACGAUCCUCAUGGUAUCCGACGUAAGCAACGCAAACCGCCAACUGCGCAUGGAGCGCAGGAUCCGAGAAGCGAUCGGGAGUUCAGUCGUUGCGAAUGGCGAGAUGAGUCUUGAUCUCAUUCAGGGAUUACUGGUUGUUCUCGCGUGGUAUCAGUUCCAGCUUGAGCUGAAAUCUUCGUUUGGUGGGUUUCUGCAUGUGGCGCUGGGGAUGCUGCGUGGGUUGGGGUUGGGUCGGAAGCCAGGAGCUGGACCUGGAGGAACGAGUAUGCUGCGACUAGAUGAUUUUCGAUUCGAUCCUACGCGCCAGAAUGCGGGGCGUACUUUCGAUGAAAGACGGGUGUACCUUGGGUGCUUUUAUCUGAGUGCUGUAGCCUUGAUAUGUACGGACGAUGUAGAACCCAUGCGAUACACGGCAUACACGGAAGAGUGCUGUCGUGUGCUUGAAUCCGCUGGGGGCUCUACAGACCUCUAUCUUGUUCGACUGGUACGGGUACAUCGGAUGGUGGAGAGACUUGGUCGUAUGGUCUCUCUUGAUGACGAUGCCCCUUAUGAGGAGUCUCCUACACCAAUCUUAACGCGUAUCAAGACUUUUGAGGCGGAGUUGCAGCGGACGAAACAGACGCAGCCGCCCCACAGUCUUCAUGACGCAAUUCUUCAAUUGCAUCACUUUACCCUCGAAAUCAAGUUAUACAGCAUUGCCCUUGAGAACGACUUCCCUCGACACGAGACACACCCAUCCGCAGGCCUGACCCUGCUCACCUCAUGCCUUAGCGCAGCAAAAGCAUUCAUCGAUCUAUUCUCAGCCAUCCCGACGCGAAAUUACCUAAACCUCCCAUAUCCGGUUUGGUCCGCUUAUUUCUACGUCCUCGGGACGCUAUCGAAUCUUCUGCUCUUCGCCGGUGAAGGUUGGGACCGCGACCAUGUUCGGAAUACACUCCACCUUGAAGGGAUAAUCGAAACCUUCAUUGCCAAGAUCGAGGAUUUGUCGAGGAACAAUCACCAGCAUUCGUACCAGUUCCCUGAGGCAAUCCUGAGACUUGUAACGCGACUCCGUGCGAUUGGAGAAGCAUAUAGGGCGAUAGUUGCCGCUCAAAUGGGAACAGAGCCUCCAAGACACCACUCCGAGGUCUCAGAACCCGCGGCCGACGAAGCCCGAGAUAUAAUGUUCCCAUUACCACACGGCUUUUCGUGGCGAUUUCUGCAGCACUGAGGCUGUGAUGUCCUGGGAAUGAGUUCCUAAUAGUCGAUAGGCCUCUUUGAGAGACAGAGUUCACACUGCACCCAAACUCAACCGCCGAUACUCCAUGAUCAACCCAUUCACAUCCGUCAUAUCCGUAUGGUCAUACCUUUCCCUAUCUCGCACCUGACUCCUUCCCGCAGCCGCUACCUUCUUGUCUUCAUAACUCGAACCAUCUGCCUCACCUUCUUCAUCAUCAUGGCUAUCCCCUUCGAUCCUCUCAACGAUAAUCCUCGCCAGAUGCCAGAACUCCGGCGAAUAGCUUACAAACCCGACCUUCUUCCAAAUCUGGUCCGGAGUGUCGGGGACAUACUUGUCCUCUGCCUCGCGCUGGUUCCAGAUCCGGCGCCAGUUCUCUAGUCCGGUCUUUAAGGGAAGGAGGGUUGAUUCGAAAAUGAUCGAGUUGCGGAGGUGGAAUGUUAAGGAGUGGAGGGCUAUGCGGUUAGUCUUUCAUUCUGACAAGGGAAAAGAGCGAAAGGGAAAGGGAGGCGUACUCUGCACAGCAGUGAACAAGUUCAAACUCCCCAUACGCGAGUACUCAUCCACAGCUGAGCUUGUCAACUCAGUUUGGCAAAUAGUCUUCAAAACAGAGGUAAUGGAGAGACGCUUUUUCCAAAAGGCUUCGGGACAGGCCAUUUCCAUCUUGAGCUCUGAAACGACCAUCCGGGGCGGCGAGUUGUGGAAGAUUGUCAGGGCAACGUCGAAGAGGAAGACAUAUGUCAUUGUUCUGGCUUAUCAGCGCGGUCACAUACACUGGGGCUGUGAAUAAUGUUGAGGGCAGAGUACGCACCGAAUCAAUCCCUCUUCAACGGCAAACUGCUGCCACCAUGUUUCCGAGGGCGUGUCCAUGCUAAGGUUUCGAUGAGAAGCGGUCGUGAGGCCGAUAUCUCUCGCGAGCUGUUCAAGUCAGUCGCCCGUCUACACAGCGCUGGGAAGGUCUUACCAUAACCAUGGUCGCAUGUCGAUACCUCCUUACCCUAGUCCUAGCCUCCUCAUCCCCCUCUCUCUUCUGCAACGAGCAUACCAAGUACACCGUCUGAACACACUCGAGCCUCUUCUUCUUCCUCCCGACAUACUGAUCAAGUACCACUGCCUUACCUCCACUCCCACCGCCGUCUCUUUCCUCCCAAAAGGAACUGUCACUAAACGCCAACUCCUCAACUACAUUGAGCCACAUCCGCGCCGUGACGGCAUCCUCGCGGUGCGGUGAGAGACAUGCCCCAAUCAACACCGUAACACAGAGCAAUGCAGGUGGCGCAGUUUGCGGGUCGAAGGAGGCGCGGUGCACGAAUGGACAGUUGGGAUACCACAGGGACCAGAAGUAGCCUAGGUAGCGGGUGAUAUUUGUUGGAGAGAAAAAGGAGCGAACGGCGGAUUCGACAUUGGGGGUCCAGUCAAGUUUCACGACGGUUGCAGAGGCUUUGGUCGUUAUGAUGUUGCGGAAGUGAUGGAGAAUCUCGUACGUUCGAGCUGUUAGGGGGUCGAGGUCUUCGGGGGUGAUGUGGAGCAUGGCUGGCUCUAUUGUUUGAUGUGUGGCAGCGGAAAUCGAUGAGGUGAUAGGCAGCUCAUGGCCACCACCGACUGUGCGGGACUCGUGCUCGUGCUUCAGUAUGAGCUUCUGCCUCUCCUCUAGUGUCUCAGGCGCUAAGAACGUGCCCAUCCCGUUUUCGCUGGUAAAAUGCGCUAGGAAAUCAAGCCUUUCUGCAGUGAUGAUAUUAUCAGAACUCAUAUGGGUACUCGUGGAGUAGAGCCAGUCCAAUGCCGAAAAGUCAGACGGGUACGGCAUCGACAUGUCCAUCAGAAAGUCAUCUUCAAGGCCAUGGGAGAGAUUCGUCGUCCCAAACAAAGUUGGCUGAGACUGUGCUACGGGCAUCGGGCUCUGCAUCGUCGCUUUACACGUCUUCUCAUGCCGCGUUUUCGCAUCUCUACCUAUCUGCGUUAGACUUCCUUCCCUUCUCCAAGAACCUAGAAACGUACCGUCGGGUAAAAGACCGCUGGCAGAGACUACACUCGUAUGGCCGCUUAUUCUCAUCUAAUCGAAAUACGAUUAGCACUGGUAGAAAUACUCUGUAUGCGCAGACUUACGCGAUCUCAAGUGGCGCCGAAGAUGCUCGGCACGGCUAAACUGCGUGGAACACAGGCCACACUGCCAUUGGCCUUGGGACAUCGUGGUGUAUGACUAGCUAGCUUGGUGCGGGUUUGGAUAAAGGAGCAUUAGCUUCGAUGUGCUCCCACACGGAGCAAGCUGGGCGAGACGGUGAGGAACACGAG